AUGGCCGGGCCAGCCCUGGUUGAAUUCACCGACGCCCUUGGAGCCAGUGCCCCACUCUUCGUGCAGUGUGCUUGGGAGGCCAACACGCUCGGGAGCGCCGAGUCGGAAACCGCUGAGGCCGAGAAGGAGAUCUGCCGGUUGGUGAUCUUCGACGGCUCACACUGCUGGCGCGGGCCGCUGUGCCGCCGGCAUCUCGCUGGCCCGCUUGGAGAGAGUUGGCGGGACCCGGUGAAUUUGCGGCUCCUUCGAUCAGCGUUGGCAUCUCCACAGGCUUCAGGAGGCACUUCCAGCGUUCUGGGGCCCCGUGCCGAGGCUUCCUGGAAGCUGGUCGAGGCCUCGCCAGAGCCCGAGCUCGAGCUGACGGUCCGCUUCGUUUACAAGGAAGGCCCCGUUGCGGCCGUGCAGGCCGCCCGCUUCCACACCGUGCCGCUUGUAGCGGCCUUGGCUGGCCUCUGCAGGGGCGUCAGAGAUCUGCAGGCAGAGGCGCUGGAACAACAGCGUCUCGCCAAAAGCCAGCAGUCCGCUCUGCACGAGAAGCAGGAGACGUUGAAGCGCCAGCUCGAGGCGCUGCCCAAGGAGGCCGAGGCCCAGGAGAAACACCUUCUGGAAGGCCUUUGCAGCGUGAUAAAUGCACAGAAGCGGCGAUGUCUUGGACUAUUUGAUGUUUUGGCUGACGGUGGUGCUGGACGCGAGCCCGCCCACGCACCGACGAUGUCGCUGGAGCACUGCUUGGACCGUGAGGUGGACGUAGCUCCGCCACUGACACGGCUGCCACAGCCCGCAUCCCCGUCCAUGCCUUCCGCCGCUCCAUCCUUGGAUUUGGAAAGCCCGAUGGCUUCCCUAGCCUUCGGUGACAGCCGUGGCCCCGAAACUACCUUCAGCAUUCCCUUGACAUUGGGCAUGAGUGCCAUUGGCUUUCCAAUCAGGGGCGGAAAAGAGCCUUCGAGCGCAAAGGCAUCCCCACCUCCGAAGAGCCGUGAUCCUUCAAAGCGAUCCCCUAACUAUUUGCGCAAACAUCGUCAGAGCACUUCUGCCCAUGGCCGUCCCGUCGUCAUACCUGAAGAUAUGGACUCGCCCCUGGCUUCUGCGAAGGCCGAGGGUCGCGAAGGCCCUGGCAGCCCGUCGAAGUCGGCUGCCGCCAAAGGCGGCCGGGGCGCUGAGGAGAAUUCCCCACGGCCCAAGCCACGUGGUGGCGGCGAAGGUGAGGCUCCAACCGAGCAGAAGGAGUUUCCGCUGCAGCAGGAGAAGGUCUUCGACCGCCUGUAUGCGAGACACGAGGAUCGCAAACUGCGACUGGCCGAAGCGCGCCAGAAGGAGAAGGAGGAGCAGCAGUUUGACUUCCGUCCCAGGCUGGAGCUGAGCCAGACGGGCCCCGCCGCCGAGGCCUCCAAGCGGCUUCACGAGGGGGUCGCCAAGAAGAGGCAAGCGCGAGAGGACCUUCAGCAGAAAUACGAAGAGGAGUUUCGUCUUCUGCACCCCUUCCGCCCCGAGCUGCAAGCGGCGGAGAAGCCCUGGCAGAACCGCGAGGAGUGGCUGCAGGACCAGGAGCAGUGGAAGCGGAAGAGAAACGAGAGGAGGGCCGGGAAGCUGCAAGAGAAGCUCGACGAGGAGGCCCAGUAUUUGUCCUCGAACAACCUACACCGCGGGGCUCAGGCCGACCCACAGGCCGUGGGCAAGCGACUCUUUCUUGCUGCCAAAAAGCGCGAGGCGAGGAGGGAGGGCGGCGGGCGAUGCCUUUGGUUGCUUUGUUUAGGCUGGUGGGGUGGCAUGGACUUAGAAUUUGCGGGCGCAGCAGGUUCAGCUGCAAAAGCUGCGGGCGAAGCAUUUGGCCAGACGCCCGGACUGCUUCGUCAUGAGUGUGACAGCUCCCAAGCUCACGUCCCAGGCUGA